AUGGCGACACGGGCGAAGAAGAUGAAGAAAGAUAAGAAACAAGGCAGGGCCAAGGACAUUGCCCUGGGGAACUCCCGACAUUACGGGCAGAACCUCAAAGCUGCAGCUCUCGACCUGGACAAACUGUUUCCGGUUGGUCAGGAUGUCGAGCUCGGAAACAGGACCGAAGAGCCAUGUCACAAGUGGAAUUACGGCAUCAAGUACUGGGGCGACAGUAUAGUGAGCCGAUUCGACCUCGUGUGUGGACGCCGCUUCCUCCUGUCGACAGUGGUGCCGCGGUUGAGUUACGCGCUGCUGGCUUCCGUGGCUGGAUUCGCGUGUGAUCGCAUGGGUCGCAAGCCAGUCACCUGGCGUGCCGUGACUUACCCAUUCUUUCUGAUCAACCGAAUCAUCGUGUUGGCGUCCUCGUCGGCUACGUAUGUGGCAACGUUCAUCCUAAUUUACAAGGUGACCGGAAAAGGAGAGCGCUGGUUGUACACACUUCUGCACACGGCCGUGGCGGCUACCCUCGUUCCCCCACUUAUUCAGCUCCUUGCCGAGGCGCAACCAAGUUGGACGAUCUCCCACGCUGUUCUUAUCGCGCCCGUGGCCAUAUAUGUCGUCAUGUGCCUUUUACUAGAGGGGUCGCCCGCAUGGCUACUGGCCACUUGGAGGGUGCCCGAGGCCGAGGAGGCAGUAAUGGCUGCGGCGAAGCUGAACGGCCUGGAUGAGGAGAAGGCUCAACGGGGUUUACAAGCGCUGCUCGUCGAUCUGAAAAAGCUAAAUCUCGGAGAAGGGACUCCACUGUCGGUGGCCGAAGGCAUUCUCGAGGCCGUCAGGACGCGUCAACGAGCCGUGGCAGCUUUCGCCUCGAGAUUCUCGGCGAGUGGACUGUACUUGGGCCUGGCCGUCAACGACGGAGCACCUGGGAAACUGGCCGGCGGUGCACGUCGUUCUGUGCACGGGCUGCUACGCGCUCGUGAUCUGCGCGACGAACAAGUGGGGAGUACGCGAGUGGCUGUACGUGCUGCUCGUUGUCACCCGCGGCUGCAGCUUCAUCAGAGCUGCGACAACGUACGGUGCGCGCUUUGA